CCCUUGACUUGCUACCAACCAAACAAGGAGUCAGUCAAGUAUCGCACACAUCAUUUCUUGCUACUGUUCAAAACCAGUCAAUGUAGAGGGAGAAUGCCUGUCUUCUUCUCCCUUAUUUUAUCCCCACAUCACUAGCAUGCUUAUGCUCUUUCCCCUCCCCACCCUUCAUAUCAUUGUUGCCCUCCUCCCCACUUCAUCCUUCCUUCCCCUUUCCCGCUUCUACCUGCACAUCCUAUUUUGAUGAUCGGAUUCAUGGCAGAUCAGUGGAGAGACCGAUACAGGGUGGUAGCUAGAGCAGGGCAAGUGAUGAGAGAGGUGAAGGAUAAGGAAGUAGCACUUGUUGAGGUUCUUGAGGAUGAUGAGGGGAGAUCCAUGGAUGACAAGGGUUUUGACCUCAACGAGAGUGUUGAUGCCGAGAGCGAGGAAGGGGAAGUCGGCGAUUAUGAUGAUGAGGAAGGUGAUGGCGAUGACGAUGACGGCGGUAGCACCACCGAUGUUGCUGGGAGUAGGAGCUCGAGCAACAACAGCAGCACCAAUAAUAAUUUGGAGGGCAAGAAGGGCGGUGCGAACGGUGAAAGCAAGUCGGAGGGGAGCGGCGGCGAGCAGAGGGUGUCUAUGGUGCGGCAGUACAACCGGUCGAAGCUACCUCGGCUCCGGUGGACGCCUGACCUCCACAUGUCCUUCGUCCACGCCGUCGAAAGGCUUGGUGGGCAAGAGAGAGCAACCCCGAAGCUGGUGCUUCAGAUGAUGAACGUUAGGGGGCUCAGCAUUGCUCAUGUGAAAAGCCACUUGCAGAUGUACAGAGGCAAGAAGCUCGACCAGGAUGGUCGCCCGAGGGGAGCAAUUUCCUCAGCGUAUUCCCAAUCCCCACUGGACUUCCAUUUCAUGAGAGGCGAUCGGCGUUUCCACGACAUGUCGUUCCUGCACAGAGCCGCCGCGCUCUCCUCCUCCAGGCCGGCGGAGCACAGCGGUUUCUUCAUGUCGAGGAACGGCAGCGGCCAGGAGGUCAGACGCCUUUACGGGCCUUUCCAGCACCAGCUGGCUCCGGCGCAAACUUUCGACUGCAGAAGCUCCAGUUUCAGGAAUCAUGAUUGGGCGUCGAACCAGAGACAGGUGACGAUCUCCAUGAAGGACGCCACGCCCCUGACCGGGCCGCAGCCACACCCUCUUGCAUCUUCCGCGGCACUGAGGACCGAGAGGCGCUGGUGGCCUUUCACCGACGCGGGCGCGCCCGUCGCCGUCGGAGAGCACAGGGUAGAGACGGGAUGGGAUGUAAACUUCCGCAAUUCCAUCGGGAGCAGCUCUCGGCCGGCCUGGGCCAUGUCGCCGGCCGUGUCCAGCGAUCACCGUCUUCCGUUCAGAUGGCGGCCGGGAGGCGGCAGCAACGUCGGCGUCCACCCCAGCAGCAGCGCCCUGAUCACAACAAGAUCGUCGGAUCCCGUCGUGAUCGAAGAAGCCCUAGAUGCCCAGCAGCUCGAUCAGAGGAAAAAGCACGUAGAUCCAAGGGCUUCCUCCACGCCGACCGACGAUGCGUGCCGCAAGCGGCCGCCGCCGGAACCACAUGGCUCGACGGCGCCGUACUUGAAGCUCACCUUGUCCCCCACCACGGCGGUGGAUGCCAAGAAGAGAAAGACCACUGCACCAAGCGAGCAGGAGAUCAUGAACAGCAGCGAGCUCUCGAUCUCGCUCUCGCUCUCGCCACCUGCUGCAGCUUCCAUGCAUCAGCAGCAGCGGCAAGAAAAGACAAGAACAGGAAGCAGCAACAGCAGCAGCGGUGAAGCCGUUCUGGGGCAGAGUACUUUGGAUCUGACCAUGUCGAUCAGGGCAUUGGAGUGAGAUCUUUCAAGUACUUUGUCCCAAGGCCAUCCAAAAUUUGCACACUGCACCAUGCAUGCAUGAGAUUAAUAAACAUUGUUAAUUUAAUCUCGUCUCCACCAGUACAUAGGCAAAUAUAUCGUAUGUGCAUGCCAUGCUUGGUUAUUGUUUCUAGGGAGAGUCUGCCAAUCUAUAUGUGACUAUAUAUGGCCCAUAUGCAUGUAUCCUUGACCACAUGAUCGAUAACUAGUUUGUUCUUUUGUGACAGCA